AGUAGUUGUGACAAGUGGCGUGUGUGCAGACUUGGCUGCUGUUGAUGAAGCAGACUGAACUUAAAGGAGAGACACAAACUAAAGUAUCGAUACAGUCACAUCAGUGUGGAUCUGAUACCAGCGUCUGUAUCGCUUCUAUCGAUGCUCGUAUCGAUCCGCCCAGCCCCAGUUGAGGCAACAAUGAGUUCAGCUCAGUAUCUGAGAGAGUUCAUCAAGGAGAGAAUAACUGCUGUUUGUGAAGAAAUCUUCUCAGAGGUUCAAAAAACCAUCGUCCAGUAUGAGGAGGAGACCAACCGUCAGCACAGACUGCUGGAUAUCAGCCGGAAACCCGACAGAAACUCACACAUCAUAGACCUCACACAACAAAAUGAUUGUAAGGAAGAGGAGGGUCUGGAUGAGCAGCAGGUCUGUAACCAGGAGAGUAACUCCAGUCUGGACCAGGAGGACCCAGAGCCUCCACAGGUUAAAGAGAAACAAGAGGAACUCUGCAGCAGUCAGGAGGGAGAGCAGCUUGGACUGAAGCAGGAGUCUGAAGGCAUUAUCGUCUGGACUGAUGAAGAGCAGCUCAAACUGCUGGAGACCAUGUGGAAAUCUGAGAUAAAGUUACACAGAAUAGAUGUCCAACAGCAGCAUGCUUUUGAGGAAGAGAAGGUUCUUACAGACCGGGAGGUGUGUAACCAGGACAGGAACUCCAGUGUGGACCAGGAGGACCCAGAGCCUCCACAGAUUAAAGAGAAACGGGAGAAACUCUGCAACAGUCAAGAGGGAGAGCAGCUUGGACUGAAGCAGGAGGCUGAUACUUUGGUUCUGGUUCACUGUGGGAACUUUCCUCAUAAGCAGGUGUCACCAUCAAACAGUGAGCAGCUCCUUCCUCACAGCUCUCCUGAAGCAGAGAGCCGAGAUCAUGAAGAAAAUGGGCAUGUGGACUCAGGAUCUAUGAGAAAUGCAGAGCUGAAGAAGAGAUGUCACAGGAAGAGAAGACACAGUCAGAAAGCAGACAAUACUCCUGUGUCUGCGAGUCAAAGUAGAACACACACAAAGAACAAGCCUGUACAAUAUGACAUGUGUGGAAAACCGUAUUCUUGUAGCACCUUUGGGAAAGGAUUUGCUUACUUAUCAGUGUUCAAAAAACACACGAGAAUUCACACAGGUGAGAAACCGUAUUCUUGUAACACCUGUGGGAAAAGAUUUGCUGACUCAUCAGGGUUCAUAAACCACACGAGAAUUCACACAGGUGAGAAGCCAUAUUCUUGUAGCACCUGUGGGAAAAGAUUUAUUACCUCGUCAGCGUUAAAAAAACACGCAUAUUCACACAGGUGAGAAACCAUAUUCUUGUAGGAUCUGUGGGAAAAGAUUUGCUGACUCAUCAGCGUUCUUAAAACACACGAGAAUUCACACUGUUCAAAGCUGCCAUAAGUGUAAGCAGUAUUCUUGUUGGAUCUGUGUGGAAAGGUUUGUCGAUAGGAUACAAUUAAAGAAGCACAUGAGAAUUCAUACUGGUUCAUAAGUAGGUUAAAAUGUUCCUACUUAUAAAAUGUGGGACAGCUGUGAGUCAUCGCUGAACAGAGUGAAAAGAUGAUCCAUAUUUAAGUCAGUAUUUUUUUUUGUCCAGAGCAAUAAAGAACUCAGCAUUG